UAUUCCUGACGAAAGAUGGCAGCGGUGGACGUGGAAGAUGAAAGCGUCCUGGCUUCUGUGUUCCGCGAUAGUUUCCCGGAGAGCUGGAGGGACAGCCCGGACUUUGCCGCCUACCUGCUGGAGCUCAGCUCGUUCGGGGUGGACAAGCUUCAGCGAGAGCCCGAAAGGCUGAGUGAGGAGCGGCACCAGAUUCUGCAGCAGACCCGGGACCUGGCCUUCACGAACUACAAGACCUUUAUUCGCACGGCGGAAUGCACCGAGCUCAUAUACCGGGACUUCAGCCAGGUGGAGGCCAGUGUGUCCCGUCUUCUCAGCAAGCUGCCUGGCUUCCAGGAGAGCUGCAGAGGUUUUAUGAAACAAGCAGAAGAUAUCAGCUCGAGUCGGCGAAUGAACACAUUAACUCUAAACCGCCAUACGGAGAUUUUGGAAAUAUUAGAAAUCCCCCAGUUGAUGGAUACCUGCGUGAGAAAUGGUUAUUACGAGGAAGCGCUGGAACUGGCGGCUUAUGUCAAGCGUCUGGAGAAGAAGCAUUCCAACAUUCUGGUAAUCCAGGGAAUCGUUAAUGAGGUGCGUCAGUCGACGCAGCUUAUGCUGACGCAGCUCCUUUUGCAGCUCCGCGGCAACAUUCAGCUCCCCGCGUGUUUGCGAGUGAUUGGUUACCUUCGCAGGAUGGACGUGUUCACAGAAGCCGAGCUGCGUAUAAAGUUCCUUCAGGCACGCGAUGCCUGGUUGCGCUCCCUGCAGAACUCCAUCCCUCAGGAUGAUGCUUACUUCCACCUCACUAAAACUAUUGAGAGCUGCAGAGUGAACUUGUUUGAUGUUAUCACUCAGUACCGUGCUAUAUUCUCGGAUGAGGACCCCCUCCUUCUGCCCCCUCCACCCAUAGGCUCAAUACCGGUGAAUGAAGGUGCCAUAUUCCAUGGUUGGGUGCUGCAGAAGGUCAGUGAGUUUUUGCAAGUGCUGGAAACCGACCUACAGCGGGGAGUGGGUGGGCGACUUGACUCUCUUCUGGGCCAGUGCAUGUAUUUCGGCCUGUCCUUCAGUCGAGUGGGUGCAGACUUUCGAGGCCAGCUGGCACCUAUUUUCCAGCGUGUUGCAGCUGAGAACUUUACGAAGGCGGCGCACGAAGCUGUGGAAAAGUUCCAGGACGAGAUGGACAUGUACACUUUGCUCCCCACUCCCACAGUUCUAGGCAGCAGCAUCCCACCUGUCUCACUCCCACCAACACAGCCAGGGACACUGCAGCCACCCAUGGUGCUCCUAGACUUCCCUCCUCUGGCAUGCUUCCUAAAUGACAUUCUUGUUGCCUUCAAUGAUCUGCGUCUUUGUUGUCCUGUGUCGUUGACGGAAGAGGUAACAACGACACUUCAAGAUGCUUUGGAAAAGAUUGUGAAAAUCAUCUUGUCGAUUCACCGUGCAGAGGAAGAUGCUUUUAGCCCCCAAGAGCGUGAACUCUUUAUCCAGUUCUGCACAGUCUUCUUGGAGGACCUCACGCCUUAUUUAAACCGAUGUCUGCAAGUCCUCUUUCCACCUGCACAGAGAGCACAGAUCCUAGGUGUUGCCCCAGUGCAUCUGUCUCGUUAUGGAAACUUGGGGUCUAUUGAUGUCUCUGUGCUGCAAGAAGCUCUGGCACAAUUAUUACCACCAAAGGAAACUUCUGAACUGACAGAAAGCGACACAGUUCCAGAUGGGCAGGGUGACGUGACAUCUCCCGAGAGUGUUGAUGUGCCUAAAGAGAAUAGCGGACAGCUGCAAAUUCCACCCAUUGACGCUAUUCCAGCGACAGAAGCCCAGUGACC